AUGGCAGCAAUCCAAGAGUUAUCGGAGCUCACUGAUUCCUUGCGUCACGAUGAAACUUCCAACAAUUCUAGAAGACCUUCCACUUUUCUCAACGUCGUUGCUCUUGGCAAUGUCGGUUCUGGUAAAUCAGCGGAGUUGAACAGUUUAAUUGGACAUAUAGUUUUGCCUACUGGUGAAAAUGUAGCUACGAUAGCUCCAGUUGUGGUUCAUCUGCAACGAGAUACGUCGUUGAGUAGCAAAUCGAUUAUAGUGCAGAUUGAUGAUAAAUCUCAGCAAGUGUCAGUGUCAUGUUUGGUGUCGGUGCUUCAUGCACCACCUCUCAUGUUGGUUGAUUUACCUGGGUUGGAUCAUCACAUCAUGGACAAAUCAACAGUUAGUGAAUAUGUGGAGCAUAAUGAUGCCAUUUUGGUAGUUAUUGUACCAGCAGCUCAAGCACUUGAAAUCGAAUCCUCUCGCGCCCUUAAAUUGGCAAAGGAAAGACGGAGAAGUUCCUUUCUUCCUUUCAUAGGUACAAGAAUUGUUGGUGUUAUUAGUAAAAUUGAUCAAGCUGCAUCAGACCAAAAAGCAAUAGCUGCAGUUGAAGCACUUCUACUGAAUAAGGGUCCGACAAAAGCACAAGAUAUCCCCUGGGUUGCACUAAUUGGUCAAUCGGUUACAACAACGACGCUAAAGUCUAGAUCUUCAGGUUCUGAAAAUUAUUUUGAAACUGCAUGGAGAGCAGAGAGUGAAAGCCUCAAGUCCAUACUGACAGGAGCCCCUCCAAGUAAGCUUGGAAGGAUGGCUUUGGUGGAUGCUCUGGCACAACAGAUUCAAAAUCGCAUGAAGCUGCGGGUGCCUAACCUAUAA